AUGCGCAAAGGAGGAUCAAAGGCCUUGACGACUCUACAGCUGAACAAAGAGCUUCGCAGUGUGAGGUCACUCAACGCGUUGGCUGCCAUAGUGGAGGCGAGAUGCCUUGAAUUUGAUGGCCAUCAUGUUGCAACUUCAAUCUACAGCCUCGCUAAGCUUGCUUCUGGAAGGUCGGCCGAUGUUGCUGGCUUUGCUGUGGCGGGUUUGCUUUCGCAGCGGCUGGAAGAGGAGCUGCAUCGCGACGGACUUCGACAUCGAAGCCUUUCGAACGUUUGCUGGGCAGUAGCCAAGCUCAGUGCUGCUACACCACUGCUAGAAGGCUGUGCAAUCUCCUUGGCAAUUGCUGGUGCCUCGCGGGCUUUCGAGAUGAACUCGCAGGGCUUGUCCAACACCUGCUGGGCGAUGGCCAUACUCCAGAUGAAGCUGAGGGCCCUGCUGUGGCGCAAACCAUGGAGGAUUCUGACAGUGAUGUGCAGAUCGGGUUCGGUUGAAAGAUGA